AUGGUUAAAGCUGGAAAGGUUCUAACUACAUUUUAUCCCAAAAUGUUGCACUUAACAUGUUUAGCGCACAGAUUUCAUCGUGUAGCUGAAACAGUUAGAGCACAGUUUCCACUUGUUGAUUCAUUAAUUGCUACCAUAAAAAAAGUAUUCCUUAAAGCUCCUAGUAGAGUACUAAAAUUGAAGGAGUUAUAUCCUAAUUUAUGCCAUCCACCUGAGCCAAUCAUUACUCGGUGGGGAACGUGGUUAGCAGCAGUUAAAUACUAUUCUAACAAUUUUGAAAAAAUUAAAGACGUCAUUUCAAAUCUUGAUUCGGAUAAUGCAAUAUAUUAUGCAAAAUAA